AAGCCCAUGCGCGCGGCCGCUCCCGCCCUUUCGGCUUGAGCGGCAGCAGCGUUUCCCUCCCGGCGGCUCCGGCGCGGCGCGAACAUGGCGGACCAGGCCAUCUCCUUCCUCAAGGACUUUCUGGCAGGCGGCGUCGCCGCCGCCAUCAGCAAGACGGCGGUGGCGCCCAUCGAGCGGGUCAAGCUCUUGCUCCAGGUGCAACAUGCAAGCAAACAGAUUGCUGCUGAUAAGCAGUACAAGGGUAUCAUCGAUUGUGUAGUGCGUAUUCCAAAGGAACAAGGAGUGCUGUCCUUCUGGCGAGGAAACCUGGCAAAUGUCAUCAGAUACUUCCCAACUCAAGCUCUUAAUUUUGCCUUCAAGGAUAAGUAUAAGCAGGUGUUUUUGGGAGGUGUAGACAAGCACACUCAGUUCUGGAGGUAUUUUGCUGGUAACCUGGCAUCUGGUGGUGCAGCUGGAGCCACUUCCCUCUGCUUUGUCUACCCCCUGGAUUUUGCAAGAACCCGUCUGGCUGCUGAUGUCGGAAAAGCUGGUGCAGACAGAGAAUUCUCUGGUCUCGGGGACUGUCUAGUCAAAAUCACCAAGUCUGAUGGUGUGCGUGGCUUGUACCAAGGGUUCAAUGUCUCUGUCCAAGGCAUCAUCAUCUAUAGAGCUGCCUACUUUGGGAUCUAUGAUACAGCAAAAGGCAUGCUCCCAGAUCCCAGGAAUACUCACAUUGUUAUCAGCUGGAUGAUUGCCCAGACAGUGACUGCUGUGGCUGGCGUGGUCUCCUAUCCUUUCGACACAGUGCGGCGUCGCAUGAUGAUGCAGUCAGGACGCAAAGGAGCUGAUAUCAUGUACUCUGGAACAAUUGACUGCUGGCGGAAGAUUGCAAGGGAUGAAGGAGGAAAGGCCUUCUUCAAGGGUGCAUGGUCUAAUGUUCUCAGAGGCAUGGGGGGUGCUUUCGUGCUUGUGCUGUACGAUGAAUUCAAGAAAGUAAUUUAAACAGCCUAAAUAGAAUUGGAAAUCAAGUUGAGCAGAUCAUGUAGAAUAACUACCAUUAUGGACCAUUGACCUUCAAGAAAUUCCUGUGAGUCUUAUUUAUCGGAGCCAGAUGAUACUUGUAGAUGGGGCUAGAAACUGACAUAGAGGGCUGAUCCACUUCUCUGUAACACGCAUGAAAACACUGAAUCUGGCAAUUCAGUGUGACAGCUUUUCUUUACAGCAGUAAGGAAUGAGUGGCGUUGGUUCUGGGUCCAAAGUUGUUAGGUCCAAUUUAGGCAGAAAAACUACCAUUUGCCUGUGGAUCAGUCUUCAGUUUCAAGUCCUAUCUUAUAGGACCAUAAAAUUGUAUUUGAAAGCAUUUGCUAACAAAUCAUGUUUUUUUCCACUUGUACUGAAGCACUAUGUACCAUUUUGCACAGCUGAACAUCUAGCAACUUUGUUCUUAAAUUGGGGCAUUCUGCUGUAAAACAAUAAACAUACUUACUCGG